UACAUUCCUCACGUGUGCCACCAACGAGUCAGGACAAGCACGGUGCCCGAUGGUGCUGAUUUGCACAGGCUUAUCCGCAGGAGAAUAAAGUACCCGAGGCUCUGAUUUUAAGAUACAAGCUUCAGAAAUGGAACAGAUUCUGACGAAAUCCGGUUAAGGACCGAUCCACAGGCUGCGUCGUGAAAACCCGAGGACGCCGAAGUGGUGAAAGAUCUGGACUGCAGGCUGGCCAGUUCAGUACCCGGACCCUUCUUCUACGCAGCCAUGAUGCUGUAAUUGAUGCAGUAUGUGGUUUGGCAUUGUCAUGUUGGAAAAUGCAAGGUCUUCCCUGAAAGAGACGUCGUCUGGAUGGGAGCAGAUGUUGCUCUAGAACCUGGAUAUACCUUUCAGCAUUGAUGGUGUCUUUCCAGAUGUAUACCUCAGAGCUGCUGCGAUACUGGAAUGGAAAAACGAGAUGAUGACGUCGACGGCCAGCAGAACAGCACACUAGGGAAUGAUAACGACCCGCCUCCGUCCAAACAGAAGGGGAAGUUCUCCAGCCUGGGCAAGAUCUUCAAGCCCUGGAAAUGGAGAAAGAAGAAGGAAAGCAGCGAGAAGUUCAAGGAGACGUCGGAGGUCCUGGAGAGGAAAAUUUCAAUGAGAAGACCCCGGCAGGAGCUGAUAGAGAAAGGAGUAUUAAAGGAAAUCUCUGAGAACGAGAGUAAUAACGUGAAAGCUCCGGCCGUAAAGAAUGGCCACAUGCUGCCUGUAUCUGGGGACCAGGGGUCAGAAGCCGGGUCCGAGGUCAAGAGCAGGCCACACAGCGAGGACCGAAAGAAUCUAUUGGCACCAGAGCCUGAGCGGCGAAGCCGGACACCGUCAGACAUCACCCGUAACCGGCAGCCUCUGGACGUGGACGCCCGCACACGCAUCGUAUCAGACUCCGAAAAGCGAGACGAGCCAAGGUACCGUGACUGGAGGGACGAGAACCGAGAACGCGAGGAACGAGGAAGAAGGGAUGACAAGGAGGACCGGGAGAGGCGAGAUAGGCGAGAGGAGCGGGAUCCAAGAGGGGACUGGAGAGAAGAAAGAGAGCGGAGGGACAGGAGAGACGUCCGAGGAGAGAAAGAUGGGAGGGACCAAAAGAGGGAUGACCGAGAGGACAGGGAAAGGAAGGAUAUCAAAGAACGAAGGGAGGAUCACGACAGAAAGGGAGAACCUGUUCGGCGUGACGACAGAGAGAGGAGGCCUGAAAGCGACAGGAGGGAUGAUCGAGACAGAAGGGAGGAGCGAGAGAAGAGAGACGACCUGGCGAGGAAAGAUGGGAGGAAGACCGAGCUGCAGAAGCUGAUCAGGCCUCAGUCUGACAUGGAUAUGAGAAGCAGCUUGCAGAGCAGCUCGUCUGACGUGGGCCAGAAAAUCCGACCCGUCUCGGAAUUUGACCAGAGGAGCACCCUGCCACGAUACACACCCACUCAGGAUGACCCCAGGACACGCACAGGCUCUGUGGGCGUGCGCUUCACUCCUGCCCCUGAGUUAAAGGAGCAGCAGCCUCCAUCCAAACAGGCCAUACUUCCCCCAAAAUGGCUGAUGUCCUCCACUGAAUCUGGUCAGGCCUCAUCCUCAUCCUCUUCUUCCUCCUCCUCCUCUUCGUUGUCGUCCUCCUCAUCCUCAGCUCCACCCAUCGCUAAGCCCCCUCCUCGCACUGUUUCUCUCUUAGUGGAUGACUCAUCUCGUCAGAGUUCUGUACCAGUGGACAACCCACCACCUAUCCCAGAUCAUUCUGCCCCUGCUGCUGCUGCUGCUCCUGCACCCGCUCCUGCUGCAUCUCCCACCACCUCUGAUGCCCCUGUACCUGCAAAAAUGCCACCUGCUCCCCCUCCCAAACCCACCAACCGUAAUAGUAUAUUAACCCUGCAAGCCACAACAUUACCCAGGCAGGCUAAAGCUCAGACUCCUCAGUCCUGGACCACCAGGAGACGGCAGACCGAACGUGGUGUUCCCCCUUCUCUACCCAGCUAUGUCUGUCGCCCCCAGCCUUAUCCAGAUGCACCCCCACCCCUGGUAGUCUCGAACCCAGCUCCUGCAAAGCGCUCUCCUCCCGUUCCGCCUAAAAGGACGACGCCUGUCACUAAACGCAACUCAGGGGACGCCUCAUCCAAUCAGGCUGAACCUCCUGCCAGAAGUUCUUCCCCCAACCCUCCCUCCUUCCAGUCAGAAGACAGCAAACACGCCAGCUCUACGGCUCCAGCGGUGUCUCCUCCACCUGCCCAUAUCCCUCCAUCUCCACCUCAUGUCUCUGUGGAUCCUCCGAGCCCCACCACUGAGCCGCCGAGCCAGCCUCCACCCAUACCUCUGCAUAUCCUGAUCCAGUGUGCACUCAGCAGCCCUGGCUCUGUUCACCCCAAACCAGAUGGCAGUCAGAGAGCUCACUCGCUGCUGUUUGAGAUGCCACCAGAGGUCGCAGUCGAGCCAGGUGCACGACGUUCGCUUCCCGUCACCAUCGAGCCUCUCAGACUGCCCGAGGAUGAUGAUUUUGACAUGGAAGAAGAGCUGCAAAAGCUGCACCCUCCUCCCCGGCAAAACCUGCCACCAGAGCUGGAGGCCGGGAGCAGGCGGGGGUUGGUGGCAGACCCCGCGGUUAUGGUCAUCUUUGAGGACUCGGACAGUGAGCAAGAGGAGGAGAGCGACUCAGAUGGACCCAUCCUCUACAGAGACGACGAUGACGACGAGGACGUACCCAUAACUGGUCUGGCAAGCCGAGUGAAACGGAAGGACACUCUGGCUCUAAAACUGGAGAAACAGCAGGAAAGAGAGGAGAAGCAGGGGCAAGAGGACAGCACCUGGAAGAACCGGGAGCAGUGGGAGGCCAUGCGCAACAAGAUUGGCACCACCCUGACGCGGAGAUUGAGUCAGCGACCAACGCAACAAGAACUUGAGCAAAGAAACAUUCUUCUAGCCAAGAAUGAGGCGGACAGACGAGCUGAGCGAAGUGAGAUCAAACGCAGACUUACAAGAAAGUUGUCUCAGAGGCCCACAGUAGCUGAGCUCCAGGCCAGAAAGAUUCUCCGUUUCCACGAGUACGUGGAGUGCACGCAUGCUGAAGACUACGACCGACGUGCAGAUAAACCCUGGACUAAACUCACCCCUGCUGAUAAGGCUGCUAUCAGAAAGGAGUUAAAUGAGUUUAAGAGUUCGGAGAUGGAGGUCCAUGAGGACAGCAGGAUAUAUACCAGGUUUCAUCGGCCUUAGUGCACACCGUCAGAGAGGAGAGAGCGUGGACGCGAGAGUACGAAGCUCAGGAAAUCCAAGUAAGCUGUGGAAGCCAUACAAGAUGCUGGUGUGUCUCAUUUUUGUGUUGAGGAUUGGUGUACAGUGCCAAUCCGUUAGGAACUAACGCUACCAUGGGCUCUCUGAUUUCUCCCGAGUUCAUCUCAGUUGGUGCUACAAUUAACACAGGCAUCUCUCACAGAUCUCUCAUAGGUCUCUCUGGAGUUCUGACUGGUCUCAUGGUGCACACAGCUCCUGGUCCCAGUCUACUGAUUGCACCACCCGCAUAGCCUUUAUCUUUCGUUAAGGUGGUGCAGAAACAUAUUUUCUGGUAAGGAUGCUACUGUGAGCUUUGUACUAUGAACAGAAUGUCACAGUGGCAUCAGUGUGUGUUGUGUGUAUGUGUUGGGGCUUGCAUGAUUUUUUUUUUCUUUUUCCGAGUCGACCAGCAAUAGAUGACUUGCAACCACGUGAUCAAAAUGCGCUACAUCAUGAGCGUCCGCUAUGAUGGUGGAUAUACAAAGCAAGUAGGACAGCAGGCGCUGAAAGCGCGUCUGUAAACAAUGCUGAAUUUUCUCCUUAUUACUACGGUUUGAACGCUCGAGCGAAGAUUCGAUACAAAGAGAAGAUAGAUAUAUACGGUUUUGACCCAUAUUAUUUAAAAAUAGGUAUCCUGUGGGUCCAUGUGGCUACUGUUUAUAAAUAAAAGUUUUCUGAUCUCAUGUCCAUACACUAAAUAUCACGCAUAUAUAUGUUCUCAAUUAUACUCACUUCAUCUCUUGCAAGCAUCACCAAGCUGUGAGCAGCAUCAGGGCUUGGACUAUUUUGGUUACCGAUUUUGUUUGCUGUCUUUUGUUCAAAAUUCAGUGCUGUGAACUAGUUCUCUUUUCAAAAUAGUAAGAAAGAAAGCACUUGUUUAUGAAUGGUCUGUCUUAUGCCCCUUUUCCACCAAAGCAGUUCCAGGGCUGGUUCGGGGCCAGUGCUUAGUUUGGAACCGGGUUUUCUGUUUCCACUGACAAAGAACUGGCUCUGGGGCCAGAAAAACCGGUUCCAGGCUAGCACCAGCUCUCUGCUGGGCCAGAGGAAAGAACCGCUUACAUCAGCAGGGGGGCGGAGUUGUUAAGACCAACAACAAUAGCAAGACCGCGAAAGAUCGCCAUUUUUAAGCGACGAGAAGCAGCAGCUGUACAAACGCGAAGUCAUCCAUUAUUAUUAUUGUUGUUGUUGUUGCUGCUUCUUCCGCGUUUUUGCUUCAAUAUUCGCGCCAAGGUUUAUGCAAACGUAGCGACGUAACUGACGUAUACAGCGACAUAACUGACGUAUGCAGCGACGUAAUGACGGGACUCCCCUUAGCACCGCGAGCUAUGGAAAAGCAAACUGGUUCUCAGCUGGUUCGCAAGUUGAACGAGUUGUGAACUAGCACUGGCCCCGAACCAGCCCUGGAACUGAUUUGGUGGAAAAGGGGUAUUAGAAGCAUUAUUUAGUGCUAACGAGCACAUUUUGUUUCACAAGUGUAGUGUAAAGACUCUAAAAUAAAAAAAAAAAUUAAAGCGAAUAGCAGAAGUUUGAUAUCGGCUUUUCAAUCUAUCUGCCAAAACAUUCAAAAAAAAAAAAAAAACUUAUGAAACCUUUCAGAAGGACCAAACGAAAGCUGUGAUAAUCAAAAGGUAAAUUUUCUUCAAAUGAACACCACUCACUCGAUAUCGAAUCAGUAGCCUCGGCGACCCACGAGGUGUUUAUCUUUUUAUCUGCCAGUUAUCUUCCGAUACUACAAAGUUAUAACGAGGUUUCUCUUAUGGUUCUGAUUGUUCCGAAGUUUAUCAAGAAGUAGAACGGGUAAUCGAACUCGAUCAGGAUACGUACUGAUUGGUUACCAAGUUUCGCUCUUGUUUCACUCAUUCUUACAUCAUGACAUAGUGGCUCCUGCCUCACCUCGCCUCGUUUCGGUUCUAUGAGGCAGUAGCCACAAAAAUCGGAACGUGCCACGGUCACGAGUACUGUUGUGACCACAACCAUAUACAGCACAAAGAGAUGGCAGAGCUAAAAGAACGCUUAAAGCAGUGGAAAAACAAAGAGAGUUGCGCACGCGUGAUUGUUUUGUAUGGAAUGUCGCUUGACCCCGCAUUCGUAUAUCCACCAACAUGGCCGAUAUCCGGGUUUCUAUUUUACUUUGACGUCACUUGCAAGUCAAGGAUUCACAAAAGUUAACUGACGAGUCUUUUUUUUUUUCUUGGGGGGGGGGGAUGGAGAGUAUUUUAUUAGUGCGGGUUAGAUCCUGAAAAUCUGAACUUGAGUUAACAGGCUAUAAAUUACUGUAUAGGCUGUAAAUUAAAUUCCCAGCUUUCUCGGUUACUCUGAACUGACGGCAAUUUUUUUAUUCUCAAAAUUCAAUUUAUCUAAUUUUAUUAAAUAUCGGAAUGCAUUUUUGAUCGCUAUUUUGUCACUGCUAGAGCAAGUUAUGAGUGUUUGAAAUAUGCUGUGUAAUAUAUCAGUCCAUAUGUCAAAGCAACGGCCGUAAACGAGAUUCGUCGAGACCUGUGCGAGACAUCGUAGGAUGGAAGUAAAGCGUACAGCGGAAAUCAAAGCGACCGACAUCUGUCAACGUUGUCGAAAGACGCAAUCAAGCCGGACGUUUUGUUUGUUUUGAUAGCAGUCAGGAAAGUUUUAAAAAAGUAGGCAGUAAUCGUCAUUUAAACUCGUUUUUGUGCAAUACUUCGUUUGGAAAACAGUUUUCAAAAUGGCGGCACUGACACCUGGCUGACACUUCAUGUUUCAAAGUCUCGCACAAGUCUCGUGAAGAUCGCGCGGAUAAGCGACGCCUGCCGUGGACCAAACGAACUAAAUUCAACAUGGCUAAAAACCGAACAGGCCGAUGAGUAUCAUAUUUAAUUGCAAUUAGUUGCCAAUACGAGUCGCGAUAUAAGGUUACUAAAACCGAAAACGUAACUGAAUAACACGCUAAUUAAGAAAUAAAGCAAGUUUAAAAAUGACUUCAGUUCUGCUUUAACAAUGAAAAUGGAUAAAAGAACACGCGUGUAAAAUAAAACAGUUGUGUAUCCUUUUGCGAUGUUUAAGGAUCAAUCUGUCGGCUCAGUUGUGAAACUGAGAGCGUGCAAUACUGAAGCUCAUGUCCAUCACCAGAGCUCUUUUUAUAGCUCAGUGACCAGCGUUUCUUUGACCAAAAGCGUUCGGGAUCUGUAGCAUUCAAGCUAACUAGCCGGGUGGGAUACGGAUUGAGUUUUGAUUAGAUUUAAAGGACAGCAGAAUGGGAUUGUUCGGAAGGUGAAGUGGGAUGAGAUAGUCCUGCUCAAGUAGUGAUACGGGGUUUUCCCUGACUAACCGACAUCCCCACAGUGCGACUAGUGAAUGUGUGAGUCCACAACCUUUGGUCAAUCAAACCUGUAUAACCAACCUCCAAAAUCCGUAUUUCCCUUAUAAAAUCCGUAUAAGAUGCAAAUUAAAAUAACUUACCUAAAAUUUGAAUGAUAAUUAACAAUAUAUCCCAGUUAUUUUUUAUUCAAUAUUAAUAACAAUAAACCUUCAGAAUGAAUACAAAGCUCCAAUGUUUGACAAAAACACAAAGUGUCACUCUAAUGUUCUGAAUUGUACUCCAUGACAGCUUUUUUUAGCAGUCUGCACCAAUACCUCACGAGGCUGCACGUCACAGCAAGUGUCUGUGUUGAUCUUGCCGGAGUGCCCAUUCAGAAUCUUUUCAGUCGCUAGUGAAAGUCGCUCAGGUGGAAAUACGCGUUUUAAACAAAAUGUUACUUCCCGGUUGGCGGGAUUCUCGCAAUAUGGUGUGCGCAUGAUCAGAAGUGGAACGAAGUCUCGCUACCACAAGAUAACGCGCGAUUUCAUAAGACUCUUUACUGGCUGUCUGUGGUGUACAGUACGUUUGUAAAUGUUAUGCGCUCUUUUAUCAUCGUGGGAAUUGAUUAUAGCUCUAAAUAAAGAUUGAAGUUUUUUUAAAGAAUCCUUAUAACUUUAUUUGUACGCCCGUAUACUACGUUUAUUGAAUCAAAUCCGUAUAAAAUAUGGACAUUCCGUAUAGGUUGACAUGUAUGUGAGUCAGCUACUUUAUGCAGUCCCUAACAUACGUGUGUGAGUGUGUGUGAGAGCGAGAGAAAGAAUAUGAGUGUGUAUCUUUCUGCACAUACUGUAACCCUGUGCCUUAUAAAUGCUGACAUAAAUACUGGCACCCAUAUGAAAUAAAAAAAAAAAAUCAAUAGACAGGGAAUGUUCCGUAAAGUAAUAACAUUAUAUUUACCACUGCUGUUUAUCACACAUACAUCUGUAUGAAUCUCAGGAUUAGUACUCCAGGGUACUGUCUUCUCUCAAUGUGCAUUUUACUGUUCAAACUUGUUAUUCCAUGUUUGUGUAACACUGUCCGGCAAACGUGUUCAAUGUUUUGUCCUCGCUGCCAAACGUGGCACUUCCUGAGAGCUGAAACGAGCUUAAAUGCAAUACAUAUCUUUAAGUCUAACGUGAACUGAUAACAUUGUUGUUACAAGUAAACUGUAAGUGAACCUAAAUGACAAAAUGAUGCACACACUUUUUUUUUUGUACAUUUAUAUGAUUUUUUUUUUUUUGGUCCAAGUUAAUUUUAUGAUACUGUUUUCAAGGCUGUUUCCGGGCCUCUUUUGUACAGAUAUACAAUGUAGAUUCUGAUAAAUGUGUAAUUAUGUCUUCCAAAUGUUUAAAAGAUGUUUUAAUUGUAAUUACGGUAUUACUAAACAAUUGAAUACACAAAGGCACAAGGCGCAAAGGUGUGUUUGUGUGAGAUAUAUAAAUAUAUAUUAAAAAACAGUGUAAGUAGUGCAAAAUGGUACUCAGAAAACUUUUAUUCUAAUCAUUUUUUAUGGUGAAAGAAAAGACUGAUAAACAUUCACUUCAUAAGUUGAUUAAAACUCUUAAUUUCAGAUA